AUGAAGUCUAUAAUCCUCUCGUGCUUUGUUAUCUCUGCGGCCGCAUCCCAGAGCUACCUGCCCACUGAACAGAUCGAUGUCCAAUCCAGUCUUCUUUCUGACCCUAACCACGUCGCCGGCAAGACUGUUGACUAUAUGAUUGCCGGAGGUGGCUUAACGGGCCUCACCAUUGCCGCCAAGUUGACUGAGAACCCUAACAUCAAUGUCCUGGUCAUUGAGAACGGCUUUUACGAGUCUAGCGAGGGAGAGAUCAUUGAGGAUCUGAACGACUACGGCGACAUUUUCGGCACCACUGUUGACCACGCCUAUGAAAUUGUCUCUCAGGCGAUCAAUAACCGAACCGAGAACAUCCGAUCUGGCAAUGGUCUUGGAGGGUCAACUUUGACCAAUGGUGGCUCCUGGACACGUCCCCACAAAGCUCAGAUCGAUUCUUGGGAGAAGGUGUUUGGAAACAAGGACUGGAACUGGGACAACUUGUUCCCAUACAUGCAGAAGGCCGAGAUCGCCCGUCCUCCGAACGAUGUUGAGAUCGCCGCUGGCCACUUCUAUAAUUCUUCCUGUCACGGAACGAACGGCACUGUUCAUGCUGGUCCCCGGAACAACGGAGAACCCUACUCUCCAAUAAUCGAGACCCUUAUGGAUUCUGCCAAGGAACGUGGUGUUCCCACCCAGCUAGAUUUCCACUGUGGGGUCCCUCGCGGUAUUUCUAUGAUUCCCAAUGCGCUACACGAGGAUCAGGUUCGCUCGGAUGCUGCGCGUGAAUGGCUUCUGCCCAACUACAAACGCCCGAAUCUGCAGGUUCUGACAGGUCAGUUUGUUGGAAAGGUCCUCAUCAACCAAACUGCUACUUCUGGCGCUAUUCCUGGUUACAAAGCCGUUGGUGUAAACUUCGGCACCAACAAGAAUGUGAACUCCAAUGUAUACGCCAAGCACGAAGUAUUGCUAGCUUCCGGCUCUGCUGUCUCCCCCCGGAUCCUAGAAUACUCGGGCAUUGGCUUGAAAUCUGUACUCGAUGCCGCCGGUAUUCAGCAAAUUGUUGAUCUCCCUGUCGGUCUCAACAUGCAGGACCAAACCACCACUACCGUGGGCUCUCGUACCAAGCCCUCUGGCAAUGGUCAAGGUCAGGCCAUCUAUUUUGCUACUUUCAAUGAGACGUUUGGGGAUUACGCUCCUCCGGCCCACGAGUUGCUCAACACCAAGUUGCACCAGUGGGCUACUGAGACGGUUGCGCGAGGUGGUUUCCAUAAUGUGACUGCUCUUGAGAUUCAGUAUGAGAACUACCGUGAUUGGCUGGUCAAUGAAGAAGUUGCCUAUACGGAGUUGUUCCUCGAUACUUCCGGCAAAAUCAAUUUUGAUUUAUGGGAUCUUAUUCCAUUCACUCGUGGUUCCGUGCAUAUCCAGGGUAACGACCCCUACCUACGACGGUUUUCUUACGACCCUAAGUUCUUCAUGAACGAACUGGAUCUUCUUGGCCAAGCUGCUGGGUCGAAGCUUGCGCGCGAGAUUUCCAACACCGGGGGUAUGCAGACCUACUUUGAUGGCGAGACUACACCAGGAUCCAACUUGGCGUACAAUGCCGACUUAGACCAGUGGGUGGAUUAUGUCAAGCAGAACUUCCGCGCCAACUGGCACGCUGUCGGCACCUGCUCGAUGAUGGCAGAGGAGCUUGGUGGUGUUGUUGAUUCUGCGGCUCGAGUGUAUGGUGUCGAGGGCCUUCGCGUGGUUGACGGUUCGAUCCCGCCGACUCAGGUGUCUUCCCACGUCAUGACUGUCUUCUACGCCAUGUCUCUGAAGAUUUCCGACGCUAUUCUGGCAGACUUCCAUGCCAAGUCUUCGAAGCACUGA